CUCAACGCACUCACUGCACUCCCCGUCCCUACCCUCAGUCAUUCUGUCGCUCUCGGGCAGGUAGGAUGUCUAUCGGGAACGUGGACAGUGAUGAGGGGAAGUCCUCAGAAAAUGGUAUACAUGUGGUGAAAACAGGAGUCCAAGCCCACGUAGACGAGAACAGGGCAAUGAGGCUGCUGCGCCGCACGAAAUCAGUGACCAGAGCAGAGCAUAUAACAGAGGUGGAGAAGAAGGCUCGUGAGUCCCAGCCUGACCGACCGAUCCACAAGCCACGGGACUCCCUCUUCUCAUGGUCGUCAGGUUUUGAUCGCUAUGAGGGCUUUGUCAACUGGGGGGCGCUCAUCCUCAUGCUUGGGGGCACUCGGCUCUUCCUCGAGAAUGUCAUCAAGUAUGGUGUCCGCAUUAACCCCUUGUCAUGGCUGUUGUGGAUGAAACACGAACAUGAGACUGAUUAUUACUACCACACAACUGUGUUUCUUGUGGCUGCCAACCUCCACAUAUGGUUUGCCUACUACCUGGAGCACCUCUUAAGCAAGGACAAAAUCCGUGGUAAUGUCGAGAUUUACGUACAUGCAGCACAUUUGGGAAUCAUCCUGCUCAUACCAGUGGUUGUUCUUGGUAUCUGGACAGACAUGUUCAGUCUCUUGGGUCGAACAGUCAUAUGUGUGGUUUACACAGUUAUGUUCUUGAAAUUGUGGUCUUAUGCCCAAGUCAACCACUGGUGUCGCUCAGAGAAAUCUUGGAGGAAAAAACUGUCCCGGCGAAGAAGCUUCUCGUUCAGAAAGGCACAAGAUAAGGAGAUUGCUGAGAUCAGUGAGGAGGCAAGUGAUGAAGUGGCUGCACUCAAUUUAACACAGUAUCCAGACAACCUAACACUUCGUGAUCUCUACUACUUCUUGGCUGCACCGACACUCUGUUAUGAACUCAACUUUCCUCGGAGUCAGCGUAUUAGAAAAAGAUUCCUGUUGCGGCGAAUGCUGGAAGUGAUAUUAAUAACCAAUAUUUUAUUGGCUAUGUUUCAACAAUGGAUUAUACCCAGUGUUAAAAAUUCAUUCAAGGCUUUCUCUGACCUUGAUUUUAUGCGGUGUGCUGAGCGUCUCUUGAAGUUGGCAAUACCAAACCACAUUUUAUGGUUGAGCUGGUUCUACCUGUGCUUUCACUCCUUUCUCAACACAUUGGCCGAACUUCUAUACUUUGCUGAUCGUGAUUUUUACCAAGAUUGGUGGAAUGCAAAAGAUGUUGGGACAUUUUGGAGGCUUUGGAAUCUCCCAGUGCACAAAUGGGCACUGAGGCAUGUCUUUGUCCCAAUGAUGAAAAACAAGUACAGUAAAGCAUCAGCAUCAUUUGCAGUUUUCAUCUUGUCAGCUGCCUUGCAUGAAUACUUGGUGUCCAUUCCACUCCACAUGUACAAAAUUGGGGUGUUUGCGGGUAUGAUGGUUCAGGUACCCUUGGUGUAUAUUUCCACUAAAGUGGAAUCCAAAUUUGGUCCACGUUGGGGCAACUUGAUUGUUUGGUCUUCCCUCAUCCUGGGUCAGCCCCUGGGAAUAAUGGUGUAUUACCAUGAUUAUAUUGUCAAGACUGUUGAUCCAAACAUGCUAGGUUUGUGAGAAAAAAAUUUAGCACAUGAUUUUUAAUGUCUUCUAUCUAUGGUAGAUGCAGAAAGUUUGUAAAAUAUUUUUUAUUGUGCGAGUGACUUGAUGUACUUUAUAUUGUGAUGUUUGUACUUGGCUUAGGUUGAUACAGCAUUAAAGAUACCUUUUGCAAAGUAAAAAAUAAAUUAUCAUGUACGGUAUAUACUAUUUCAUGCUUUCUGAUGAUUACUUAAGGUAUUAUGACACCAAAUAUCCUAUUUUAGUUGUCACAAAAGAUGUAAAUAUCAAGAUGCAACCUGUAGGUUGUAAGAAUGUAUGGACCAUAGUACAAAAUGAAUAUAGGGAUUUUGAUACCCAUUAUAAUUGUAAGAAUUGUUAUUAAUUUUUUUUUAUCUAACCAUCAUGCUAAGUGCCACAUUUAAGUUAGAAAAUACUGCAGUUCUAUAUAACAGUGCUAUCAUUGAAAGUCCAUAUAAUGUGCAUGAAAAUAAGGAUUACUGAUUUCUCAGUUGCCAGUACAGUAUAUGGUUAUAUACUUGUAGGAGAGAUACAUUGUAAAGAACUGUGUUGCUUAUGUAUCAUCUAACACCUCCCCAAGUUUAAAACUUAUUGACCUCGUGUGGUUAUAAAGUUAAUGUGUGCCCAUCUAAAAAAAAAGAAGUCAUAUUGUAUAAUGUGGUCUUAGUUUCCUCAGAGGCCAAACAUCUUUGUUUACCGAUAGAUUUAUCCAUAACAAGAUUUAAUGAUGCGGGAAGCAAUGAGAAUUACAGUAGUUAUUAUAAAGGCUUCCAACUGUAAUAAAACAAACCUGAAAUAAUUUGACUACCAACAUAGCAAAGGAAUGGGGUGUUUGGAAUGGCAGAGAAGAUGGGUGUAAAUUGUAAAGUAAAUUGCUGAAAUGAUAUGGACAUCCAAGAUGAAUACAGGAAGAAAAGCUAGCCUGUAGCUCUUCUGUUAUGGCCACCCAAUCAGAGGGCAGCCUCUUUCAGGAGCGAGCCAUUGUAGAUUAAGUGAACAAUAGAUCCUUGCCAUUUGUGAUUUUGACAAUUCGCGGUAAGCAGAUGGUGGCUAGCUUGCAAGCCUUUUCCCGCAGCACAAUGAGUCACCCUGCACAGCAUCUCAUGUUGUACUCUCAAAAUGUUAGUGUUUCUAUGUGAAAUGGUCCCUAAGAGACUGCCUAGUGUCAGUGUAGUGAAAAUGUAAAACACAAAAGGAUGACCAUGACAGAGUUUUAUUAUUAGACAAGUUAAAAGAGGGGAUGAGUGCUGCCAUGGCUGGUCAGUUGUUUGGUAUAGGUAUACAGUAGCGCACUGAGGUAGUACAAGUUGUUAUUCUCGGUUUUGCCAAUUCGUGCCAUUUCUUGGAACCUAUCCCUCACGAAUGGCAAGGAUUCUAUGGUACUCUAAGAGAAGUGAAAGUGGGUUAUAUAGUCCUGAUGGCUAACUUGGUCAUGCUGGUACAGUACCUUGUAUACUAAGCCUUAAGCUUCCAUUACACAUGGAGGUAGUACCGCUGAUACUGCACUCGGUUGGUUUCACUUCCCUAAUUGUCAAGUUAGGGACCCACUAGCAGCUGGAUCAACUAAGGGUGCACAAUGCUCAAACUAACAGAAGGAGAGCACUCUAACCACUUGGCUGCUUCACCCUGUAAAUCUAGGUGAAAGGAAUAUUUGAAUAAGGUGGUUCACCAUAAUUGGACUUUUUUCUUUUUACAUUUCACAAUUUUAUAAAAUUGCAAAAGCUAACGAGUGGCAAAAUUAGUAAAAAAUUGGUCUAGUCUGCAAUAUGGUAUACAUGGUGUUACACACCAUAAGAUGCCCUCUUGAUACUUGCAUUACUUGGUAGUGCACAACUAGAAAGUCAUUAAUUGCUGUAGUUCUUGUUUAUGGCUGUGUUUUCAUAAGAAUAAAAACCUAUUUAACUGAA